AUGUUUUGUCCUUGCAGUGGUGAUGAUGAUGAUGAUGAUGAUGAAGCAAAGGAGGACAAAACACACAACGUUGCCUUGACACCAAGUAUGGUCAAUGCCGAGUUCCCUCUCAUCAUCGCACCACUAGCUCCAGACCAACAACAACAACCCUCCGAGAGUGAGGAGUUUCCCUAUGGUUCCAAGCUUCCUACGCACAAUAACCCAGUCUCAUCUAAUGGACCGGUUCCUAGGGAGAAGAGAGAACGUGAGCUGGAGUUAUUCCUGAAGAAGCGAUACAACAAAGUCGGGGAGAAGAUCCAGGAACGAGUGACCCAUAUGAAUAACUUGACCAUUGACCCUGACCUUGUCUUACAUUGACCUUCGCCAAGAUGACCGAUGCCUGGACACCAAAUAAUCCCUGUUUCCAGCUUUUUUGGUCUUGAAGAAGCAAUACAAUAACUAGGAUAGAAGAUACAGGAGAGAGUCAUCCAUAUGAGUAACCUUAUCAUCGACCCUGACCUUGUCUUACAUUGACCUUCGCCAGGAUGACCGAUGCCUGGACACCAAAUAAUUCCUGUUUCCAUUUUUCGUUUUUGAAGAAGCAAUACAAUCAACUUGGAGAGAAGAUACAGGAGAAAUUAAGUCAUCCAUGUGAAUAAACUUACGAACUACCCUG